CUGUUCGUGAUGCUAACGGAGAUGAGGAGACAUGCCCUCGUGAUGACAUCAUCACUGAUCAUGAUGAUGCUUCAGUUUUAAUAAAAGUUGGUGAUCCUGUAAUUUCACUCCAUCCAUCAUUCCCUCUCAGCUAUGCUCCUGGUACUGUUAUUGGUAUAAUGUCUGAUGGAUUAAGUUUCCUAGUUGAACUGUAUGAUGAAAUGCAAGGUUUGGUGCCACGUCAUGAAUUAUAUUCAUGUCCUCAGUCUAAAGUAGAGAAAGUGAUUGAGUACAUUAAGAUACAGGAGAAGGCCUGGGUAGGUAAACCUGUCAUUGCACGAAAACCAACUGACUACCUAUUUUAUCCAGGUGUGGUUCUAAAGCAACAGGAUUCAUCACAAGAUUUUGUCAUACGUUGGUCUGAUAACACCACUCAUACAAUUGAAGUGACAGAUAUGUUUGGCGAAUUAACAAGACGACGCCCACUAUACACUGAUGAUUAUGUCAUUGCAUUACCAGAAGAAGAUGAUGGUGGAGGUGUGUGCUAUCCUGGUAAGAUCAUUGGUGUGCAGGGAGAAAAGCUCAUUAUUCAGUUGCACAAUAACAAACUUUGUUUAGCUUCAUUUGAUCAUUGUUUCUGGAUAUCUGAUUCAUACUAUCAAAACAGUGUACUAAUGAUAGGAAGAGUAAAGGAAGACACCAACAAAUGAAGAAGAAAACUUGUGGCACACAUUUAAUAAUAGACUAGAUUAUCAAUUUAUUGUCAUCAUAGAUGUCAUUGAAAUAGAAUGUAGAGUAGAUCUUAGAAUCAAAAA